AUGAUGGUCCGCGCGCAAUUCCGUACCACACAACGAUUACAAGCCAAACAGCCCAACGAAUACGAGCUCACAAUCGUGCCUUCUGACCCUAGCUCGGCACCAUCGUCGUUUCCAGCCGCUCAUCCUUCAAGGGCGCCAUCAAAAACGUCACUGACAUCGUCUUCAACCGCCUUGAUCGCCUCCAUCAACACCACCUCCGCACCAACUGCAGUCUCCAAACCAAUCUUGAAGGUCAAGAACAUGGACAUGGAAUGGAAAGGCAUCGAUCUCACAGUUUGCAAUAUCAUCCUACCCCGUACACCCGUUUUGCGACCCCUGGUGUUUCCCAUAUUUGGGUUGACACCUACAAUUCCUGAACUGUGGCUAGAUCUCACUGCACCCACGCCUAUGUCGUUGCCUGAGACGCCGGUGCUGCGACCGAUUAGUGAUGAGAACGCGUUGAAGGAGAUCCCAGAGUUGGAUCUAGCUGUGUAG